CUUGCCGAAAACUAAACUUCCGUUGCUCACUAAACUGCAUGAUUCGGUAGUUUUUCAUAUUCAACGUUGCCCUGCUAUUAUUUAUUUAAAUAUUCAGAAGCUUAGAAAACCUUUAAAAUGCCUAUUUAUAAAGUAAAUGUGAAGUGGGGAAAGGAGAAGUUUACAGAUGUUGAGUGUAAUACAGAUGAAGCCCCUGAGCUGUUCAAAGCUCAACUUUUUGCUCUGUCUGGUGUUCAACCAUGUAGGCAGAAGGUCAUGGUGACAGGAUCUAUCCUUAAGGAUGAUGACUGGGGCCCAGCAAAGAACAAGUUAAAAGAUGGUGUUAUGUUGCUGAUGAUGGGGACAGCAGAUGAGUUGCCAAUGGAACCAGCAGACAAGCCUGUGUUUGUUGAGGACAUGAGUGAGCAACAACUUGCCUCAGCCCUUGAUAUACCAGCUGGAUUGACUAAUCUUGGCAACACAUGUUACAUGAAUGCUACUGUACAGUGCCUAAGAGCCGUCCCAGAAUUAAAAGAUGCACUUAAAAGGUUUACUGGAGGGUUGACUGUGGCUGGAGCUAUUUCACCUGCAGAUUCUAUUACAGCAGCAUUGCGUGACUUGUAUGGGUCCAUGGAUAGAACAUCUGCUCCUAUUCCUCCAAUCAUUUUCCUCCAAGUGCUUCACAUGGUUUAUCCAAGGUUUGCAGAGAAGGGAGAGAAUGGAGGCUACCAACAACAGGAUGCCAACGAAUGCUGGACAGAAAUUGUCAGAAGUUUGCAGCAAAAGUUAAAAGGAGCUUCAUCCUCAUCUAGAAGCAUAGAGCCAAUGGAAACAAGUUCCACAGAGUCUGCUUCAACAUCGUCAUCUUCACUCUCAGUGUCAGACAAGGGAUUUAUUGAUCAGUAUUUUGGUGGAGAGUUUGAAACUACGAUGAAAUGUAAUGAAGCUCCAGAAGAAGAUGUGCUAAAAGGAACAGAAAAAUUUCUUCAACUCAGUUGUUUUAUAGAAAAAGAUGUUAAAUACAUGCAUACUGGAUUACACAGUAGGCUAGAAGAGACAGUUACCAAGAAUUCUCCAACUUUAGGAAGAGAUGCAAUAUACACAAAAUCUAGCAAGAUUAGCCGGUUACCUGCUUACCUAACAAUUCAGUUUGUCAGAUUUUUUUACAAAGAAAAACAAUCAACUAAUGCUAAAAUUUUAAAGGACAUCAAAUUUCCACUGUCGCUAGAUGUAUUUGAUUUAUGUACUCCAGCUCUGCAGCAGAAGUUGAUACCCAUGAGGGACAAGUUUAAGGCAGCAGAAGACAAAAAAGUAGAACAAGCUCAAAGCGCCAAAGGCAAAGCACCACUUGUCAAAGAUUCUAAGAAAGAUCUAAAGACAGAACCCUAUUGGUUUCCCGAUGAUACUGGCUCAAACAACAGCGGCUACUAUGAGUUAACUGCUGUACUCACACAUAAGGGAAGGUCCAGUUCUAGUGGUCACUAUGUGGCUUGGGUUAAAAGGAAAGGAGAUGAGUGGCUGAUGUUUGAUGAUGACAGGGUUACCCCUGUUAUGUCAGAAGAUAUUCUCAAGCUAUCAGGGGGAGGGGAUUGGCAUUGUGCCUAUGUGCUGUUGUACAGUCCAAGACUUUUAGAGGUGGAUGAAGACACCCAGGAAAAAUAACCCCUAGGACAUUAGAAACCAAUUUGUUUGAAGUUCAUCUCUGCUAUUUAAUCUGUUAUGCCACUUUAUUUUCAAACAGAAUAAAUAGGAUAAUGAUGGGACUAUUUUAAAUAUUUGAUUUCAAAUCUGAACAAAUGGUGUAUUUUGUGUUCAUGAAAAUGCUAGCAACAUUUUUAAAAAUCAUUUUUAUCUGCGCUGGUAGAGUGAAAUGCUGAAAAACUGAUAAAGCCUUUAAUUAACACCAGUAUAUGACAUUGUUUCUGUUAGAAGUUGGAUACAAUUAUUUUUUAAAGGCAUUUAUUUAUAGAAAAAUGUAAACAAAGUAAAAGCAUGGAUGUCCAAACAUUUGUUUGUCUUGUGCCACAUUAUAUUUCCAGGUUUAUGCAGUCAAUAACAUCUUCUUUUAUAAAUUGGAACUUAAAAUUUUUUUGAGUUAAUACUUUAGUGUAGAUGCUAUCGGAAGUAGCAUGUACUAUUAUGAAACAAUUUAAAAUUAUUGAUUUUGUUCUUAUUUUUUGAAAAUGUACUUGUAAUUAGCUUCAGUCAAAUAAAACUGGCAACUGUUUGUUUGUUGGUACGACUUAAUUUACUCAGUUAUGUAAAAUAUUGAUUGGAAAGAUGUCUUAUUUUUACCUGCGUAACUCAGUAACUGAACAUACGCUGGGCAUCCCUGACUUAUACAAUUUUAUUUUGUUUAGAUUAAGAACAAAAUGUGGAUAAGACUUGCAAGCUAGUCUUUGUGUUUUGUUACAUAGCGCUUGAGACAAGAGAGGAAGAUGGUUUUGUUUGCAGUGAUGUGUUUGCAUUGUCUUUUGCCUGUUUAUAGUACAUGUGUUUGUGUAUUGGGUAAGAUAAUAAAACUGUUGAAUAUAUGCUGUAUCCACUGAUGCUUCUUGAUUGUGAUUAAAUUUUUUCUGCCAACCUGA